AAAACAUGUGGCGCAAUGUAUCUUUUGUAGAAAGAAUAGAACUUGAUUUCUCGGGAAAUUUAUUUAACCAUGCAAUUGUCCUUGGUGAUGUAGAUAAUGAUCAGGGGCAUGAGUUAGCAGUGGGUAAUACAGAUGGAGACUUGGCCAUUUUUAAGGGAACCACAAGAUUUCCGUGGAAACGAUGUUCUGGUCUUGGAAUGAUAACAUGCAUAGGAGUUGGAGAUGUAUUUAACAAAGGAAAGAAUGUAUUGGUUGUGCUGACAGCAGAAGGGUGGUGUAACAUAUUUGAUAUCAAGUCUGAGCCAUCUACAGAGACUACCAAGGAUUCCGACACUGUGGGAGAGAGUAUAACUCCAUCCUUUACUCAGCACCUCCCAGCAAAUGGUAAAGUUCUACUGAUAGAGGAUGUAGAUGGGGAUGGUAAGGUUGAGCUGACAGUGGCGUACUCUGAUCGUGUGGUGCGGUGUUUCAGAUGGAGCACUGUGCAAGACCCAGAGACAGAACUCAUCUCAGACAACCUGAUACAGACUCAGAAAUGGCAGCUAGCAGGACAGAUAAGUUCCCUGACAGUGAAUUUUACAGAAGAGGGACAUCCAGAACUUUUGGUAGCUCAGCCGGGAGGGGAUUAUGUAACAAUGACUUUUAAACAGGGCUCAGAACUUGACCUUUCUGGUGAUGAAGGAUAUAAUGAAGAAGUGUUGAAGUCUGAUCAGAGGGCAAACCAAACCGUUUCCACAGAAAUCCUGGGUGGAAUCUCCAAACAGAGAACAAAACAGCCAGGGACGUACUACGCUAUCUGUACUCUGGACGGUAAUCUACUAUUAGUGGAGAAGAAACAGAUUCUCUGGUCUCUACAAGUUGACCAUCAGCUAUUCUCACUGAAGAAGUUAGAUGUCACAGGUAAUGGUAAGGAGGAGGUUGUAUGUUGUUCCUGGGAUGGUCAGACUUACAUUGUCAAUCAUAACAGAGCUGUCGUUAGGUAUCAGUUCCAGGAGAAUGUCACGGCCUUCACAGCAGGCCUGUAUGGAGUAGACAACAACCCUAGCUUUGUAUAUGCCACCUAUAACAAUAAGAUUUACAUCUACAAUAAUAUACAGCUACCUCAGGUCGAGUCAACCAAUCUUAUAGAGGUGAUGGAGAGACGAGAGAACACACAGGAACUAUUGGAAAAGAUAGGAUUACAGGAUCCACACCCAAGCCAGCUACGAGACUUAUACCACUGGUUGUUGUAUGGAUGGAGAGGCUACACAUAACAUUGACAUUGUCUUUAAUACAUGGAAGAGAGCUAUAUGACUUUAUAGGUAUAUGAUAAUCAAGAGAUCCAGAACUAGGUGCUCUCCCUUGACCAGCAGAUGGCAGUCAGAAGGAUAGUUGUUGCUUUGUAGCUUAAAGCUGUUGAUUGAAUCUUUGAAUUUAUAUUACUAUUUUUUAUAAAUUCACUUGAGAAUAACUACAUUUCUUAUAGAAAUGUGGUAUAUUUUACUUGUUUGAUAUUGACAAUAUAUGUAAACCUGUGAACAAUACUUAGAAAAUGAAACAAGACAAGGCUUUUAUCAAAAGUAUAAGAUACAAAAUUGUAAAAAAAAUAUUUUAGAAAUUUGCUACA